AUGCAAAAUCUUUAUUUUACAGGUGCCAAUACCAGAGGUGAAACUGGUGUUAGAGAAUUACCUAGCACUAGUUGUGCUGAGCAGAGUAAUUCAUUGAGUGAUGCACCUCUUAAAUUUUUUAUUCCUCCUCAAAAUGAAUGUGCAGAUAGUAUUAUUGGCCAGUUAAAAAUGAGAGUGACAACAAAUCUAUUGGGAGAUCCCUGGUCCGCACCUGACGUCGAGCUUUUUGCAGCAGGCAGUCUGGACUGUGGGAACAGGACUCCCGGCUGUCUUCUAUACCUCCAGUCGGGCCUGGCAGUGCGUGUCGACGCUACUGCACCUCGGGGCCGGCCUGAAGGGACCAGGAUGGGGGCGGACCGCAGCAUAGCGCGCAUUACAUGCGAGCCCCAACCUCAGGGGCUGCGCCAGCAGAGACAGGCAGGUACAAAUCGAGAGACCAUGGUGGAGAUUGGAGACUCUGUUCGAGGCAAAGACAUCUACAUUCUGCAGACAGGAACCAAGGAUGUGAACAAUAACAUAAUGGAAUUGUUGAUCAUGGCGUACGCCUGCAAAACAUCCUCUGCAAAGAGCAUUGUUGGUGUUAUUCCUUACCUUCCAUACAGCAAGCAGUGCAAGAUGAGAAAGAGAGGAUGUAUUGUAAGCAAAUUGUUGGCUAAGAUGAUGUGCAAGUCAGGUCUCUCACAUGUCAUCACAAUGGAUUUACAUAAGAAAGAAAUUCAGGAAUUCUUUGACUGCCCUGUUGAUAACUUGCGUGCCUCACCCUUUCUUCUUCAGUAUAUACAGGAAUGUAUACCUGAUUACCGCAAUGCCGUGAUAGUGGCUCGUAAUCCUGGGUCAGCAAAGAAAGCAACAUCGUAUGCAGAACGUCUGCGACUAGGCAUUGCAGUCAUUCAUGGAGAACAGGAAGAAGCUUCAACAAGAUACCACAGGACGACGGAGACGAGCCAGGUCCAAAAUGACGUGGAGACGAUCGCUUUAAGCAGAAAGUAA